UGAAAGCUUAGAAUCAACAUCACACGGUAGAAAAAUUGCGUAUCACAAAACAAAAUGUUCCAACAAGUCCCCAAGCCAUUGAUUUGUGUUCAUACCAAACUAUAAUAACAUUUUAAUACCCUCUCUGAACAAGUUGUGCAGCAAAAACAAUGGGAAGGCCAAAACCAGAAGACUCAAUUCGACAUUUCAGCCAUCCACAUCCAUUGUUCAACUCAUCUCUCAAUCCUCAAGCCAACUCUUCUUCUUCUUCUUGCGUGGUUUGCAAGUUAAAGCUUCUCAAUCUUCCUUCAUACACAUGUAAGCCAUGCAACUUCCACAUCCACCUAAAAUGUUCCGAAUUACCUCAAAAGAUCAGACACCCUUUCGACAAAAACCAUCUCCUGUCUCUCAUCUCCUCUCCAAAAUACCAAGAAGGGACAUUCCGCUGUGACGCAUGCGGCAAAAACGGUGACGGAUUCGCUUACCACUGUGGAGACUGCGGUAUAGAUCUUCACACGGUUUGUGCCAACAUGCCUUCUCGUGUCACGCACCAAUCUCACCCUCACCACCAACUUUAUUUAACGUUUUCCAUGCCGUCUCCGGGCGGGUCCGGAUCCGGAUCAAGAUCAGCUGCGGCCGCUAGCUUCCGCUGCAGUGUGUGCCAAGGACUCGGCUCUAACUCGUGGCUCUAUAGCUGUAAAGAGUGUGGUGGAUUCGAUGCUCAUUUGUUGUGUGCUAGAAAGAAACUACCUAGUCCAACAAAUAUGGUCCAACAUGGUCCAAACCGGCCGAUGCAACCGCACUCUAUCGCCACGACGCCGUUUGUUAAUGUUCCUAGUCCAGUUUUUAAUAAUCCUUAUCCGUUGGGGACUCCAACAAUGAGUCCUAUCAUUAGACCUAUGAUUAAUGAGAUGAUUAAUAAUCUUGUAACCAAUACGCCACAAAGCCCAAGCCAAGUUUCUCAGCUUCUUGAUUUGCUCGGACCAUUUGGACUGGGAGGUGGAUCCGGUUCUUCUUCAUCUUCCGGUAUAGGGUUUGACCCGUCGGUUUUCUCAUCUGUUGGCCAACCAUUUGGACUGGGAGGUGGAUCCGGUUCUUCUUCAUCUUUUGGUUAUCUAGGGUUUGACCCAUCGGUUUUCCAAUCUGUUAACCAACCAUUUGGACUGGGAGGUGGAUCCGGUUCUUCUUCGUCUUCCGGUUAUCUAGGGUUUGACCCGUCGGGUUUCUCAUUUGUUGGCCAACCAUUUGGACUGGGAGGUGGAUCCGGUUCUUCUUCAUCGUUUGGUUAUCUAGGGUUUGACCCGUCUGUUUUCCCAUCUGUUGACCCUUCAGUGUUUGCUGGAUUUGAUCCUUCCUUGCUUUCAACGUUGUUCUCCGGACUUGGUUUUUUAUGAGUAUGCAGAUUUAUCUUUGGAUUUUGUCUUUUUGCGUUUGUUACAAAAUUACUCAGUGUUCUGUCUGAUUGCCAUGUUUCAGGGACUUAUUAUAGUAAUGUUUUUUGUAACACAAGACUUACAGUAAUGUAUUUGAACACUUGAUGUCAAAAAAUGGUAGUGUACUUGAACACUUCAGAUAACAAACAAAAUUGUUUAAUCUUUUCCUGCUAGCAUUAUCCAUAUUGUCGAUUGAAGACAUGUUUCUCAAUAUAGCAGCCUAUGUGAUAUUUAUUAGUAGUGAAUGAAAUACAGUUUGCUAUCAGAUUAUGCAUAAAGCAAUGGAAGUCUUAGGACAAUAAUUGCUAUACAAACCCAAUGAAGAUUUUUUGUUAGUUAUUACAAUGUUUGGUAAAUAUGUAAUAUUUUAUUUUGCGCUUUCUACAUCAUUAUUUUACUUACAUUAAGACAUAUAAAGAAGCAAGUUUUGGAAAACUAUGGACUUAAAAUUACAGAAAAUUGAUCAAAUAUGUAGAUUCUCAAAGGAAAUGUGGACAACAAUGAAACUUUCAUAAUCUUUAUUGAAUAAAAUUUAGCCGAAAAAAAACAAUCAAAAUGAAAAUUGAUGAUAUGUACCAGUGUUCAAGUAGAGACAACGGAACUUGAUUUAAAUCAAGACCCAUCUUCAAACGAGCUCGAGACUACUCACUCGCUGAUCGAAGAACGCAUAAGACAGCUCGAAGCAAUAGUUUCAAGAAUCAGACAACGAGAAACAACAACACCAGCACCACCACGAGCCUCGGUGCCUAGAGACUCUACCGCAGGAAUUAAUUAUACACGAGAGUUCUAGAGAGAGAAACGUCGAAAACCGUGACAACAAGACUUACUUAAUAGCAAAGGCAUUGAACAUGGAGAGAACAAACUCUACUGUUCCUGGUGAUUACUUUGACUGUAACAUAUGUUUAGAGAAUGCUCAAGAUCCGGUUUUGACUUGAUGUGGUCACUUGUUCUGCUGGGAAUGUUUCUAUCAGCUGCCUCUUAUUUAUCUGAACGUUAAAGAAUGUCCGGUUUGCGAUGGAAAAGUGACUGACACUGAGGUGAUUCCCGUAUACGGUAAUGGAGAUGAUAGUGAGAGUAGUAGUAAUGCUAUAUUAGAGUCCCACAUCGUGUGGGAUGAUGGUCCUUGGGCAAUAUAUAAGUGUAUGGGUAAACCUCCACUUUUGAGCUAGCUUUUGGGUGUGAGUUAGGCCCAUCACUAAUAUGGUAUCAGAGCCCAUGGUAAAAGCCCAGCAGAUGAUUUCUCAUAUAAACAGUUUCCUACUUAUGUAGCCUGUACAAAUGGUCCAUCUUGCUGUGGUAUGUCCGAGAUGUUGGACUUGGGCUGUUUCCGAUUGGACCGUUUCCCAUCCACAUCUCGAGAGAGGCUAUUAGAGUCCCACAUCGUGUGGGAUGAUGGUCCUUGGGCAAUAUAUAAGUGUAUGGGUAAACCUCCACUCUUGAGGUAGCUUUUGGGUGUGAGUUAGGCCCAUCACUAAUAUGCUAAAAGAGUGUUAAAGAGUUGAAAGCUUUCGUCAAAAGAUUACAAACCGGGCGGUUCCUUUUAUUCCGGGGUCUGAAACAGUGGAGCAUUUUAGGAUAGGACUGCAAGCUUUAGCUCAAGGCGAUGAGUUCGGUCUGAGCAACAUAGUAUUUGUUAAUGUUUUGAUCAAAAAAAAAAAGGCCUAAUACCCGCAGGCUAAAAAAGAUCGAUCCAACUUGAUACAUAAAAGCCUAUUUGCGAGAUAUUAAUCUUUUUUUUUAACUUUAGUUUCGGCCUUUAGAUCAUAUUUAGGCCGCUUCAGUUUGUUGGCCCAGCAUGCUAUGGCUAUGUUAUUUUUUCAGAACUUGACAUAUUUAGAAACAAAUCAUCAAAAUUGAUAAAUCGAUGGAUAAAACAAUAAUUUUGAAUAAUCAGCUAUCUUUACCAUAGUCUUUUCUGUUUUUGUGCUACUAAUCUUUCUGUUUGUGUACUACUAAUCUUUCUGUUUUUAUAUGACUCUUAUAUGAGUUUUUAAUUUUUUCUACUAUCAUUUUUUGUUUACAGAAAAAAAAAGUUUAGAUUCAAAUCAUUUAUUUUCUUGUCAUUAAUUUAAAUAACUUCUUUAAGAAGUCGCGAAAAAACUAUAAAUUACACAACUAAAAAGACCCCCUAAACCAAAACAUGGACUUGUUUCAUCACAAGGAAAUCAGAGAAAGUCUUAAUUAAUUAAGAAACUCAUUAAUUAAUCAAAUACUAUAUCGGAACAGAUUUUAGAGUAGUCGUUUUUUGACCGACAGACUAUUCCCAACGCGUUCCAGACCACACCAACCUGUGAUUAAUAAUACUCUGUAGUCUUUACAUAAUAAAGAUUAAAAGUAUAUAAUGUCUUUAUCUAACAAGAUUUGAAAUAAAUAGCCGUUAUACAAGCUUCUAGUUUUAGCACAAGAAACCGAAAAUAGACGUCCCAUCAGUGAGUUAAUUUAAAAAAAAAAGUAAUCGAUAUCCACAAGAAAACGUCGGAUCUGAAAUUCAAAACCUCCCAGGCCCGCUUCCCGAGGUGAGCCGCCUCCAUGGAUCUUCAACGCUUCAGCAUCGUCGAUCAACCUUCCUCUCCCUGAAGUUGCUCCUCUCAUCCUCCAUGACUUCGAUGGGCAUAGCUCCUCCCCCGGCGCGUUUCAGACCCCCUCCCGAUCCUCCACCGUGUAAGUUUCCUUUGAUUGGUUCUCUCUCUCCGUUUGAACCUCUGGAACCACCAGACCCUCCAGACCCUCCAGACAUAUCUCCCGCUCCCGUUCUUCUUCGUCAGUUCAUCGUUGCCUCGCCCAGCCGCCGUCUCUCCUCCGCAGUUCAUCGUUUCACCUGGAUUGUUCACGAGUUUCUUAUGUUGUUGGGCUUCUUAACCUUUUCCGCCGUCGCUAGCUGCAAGAGAUGGAGUCGGUGCCGUUUCCAUGUCCUUUGGCUCCUGGCUCUCACAUGUAACCCUCCUCCAUCUCUCAUGACUGUACUGACAUCAGAUCCGUUUCAUGAGACCUGCGCUUUACUUCCUCCAUUUCGCUCUUCCUGUAAUAUCCGAUGGCCGGAUCUGAAGAAUCUGCGACUAACGUCACCUUCGUUGUCUCCUCGGGCGAUGACCCUUCUCCCUUCAGGGAAGAUCUAUUCUGACUGGACUUGGUGCGAGCGAGAACUCCAUUCUGAUGUUCUUCUUUUACCGCUCGACAGAUCUGUUAAGAUCUAUAGCUCAGAGCAUCAAGUCCCUUUCAGUCCGGUGAGGAAACCCCUGCUAGAAGAUAUACCGACCAACAUCUUCUCACCGCAAACGUCUUUCAGACAUACACCUCCUGGUAUUUGCUCUCUCAUGCCCAGCUUGUUAGGAUUUGAUGACCAACGGAUCUACGUGGGUUCCGUGAAUACUCUCUGGAUCCGACACGGUAAUGUUGGAAUCCGAAGUUUCUGCUUGAACUCAACUCUCAGUUGCUCAUCAAAUCUCGUCAAGUUCUUAUCUCAUGAUACUAUUAUAAAGGCUGUCUGUUCCUCCUUGUCGAAUUUAACACAGCCGUGUCUUCCCGUCAGUGCCAUAUGCGCCCAACAACUAUUACAUCCCAUAGAUCCAUCAGUCUCGUGCUCUUCUUGGUCAAGAACAAUUAUGGAAUUAGAGAUGAAGAGACCAGCAACCGAGCUUUGCAAUUUGGGAUUAGAAUUACUUCAUUAUCUCUUUGGUGCAAUCACUGGUAUUAACCCACAAAGUUCAAGCCGAAGUCCUUAUACACCAUCAGCUCUAACAAGUGAAAAGAUUGUUGCAAGAUUGUUUCAAAAGUGGAGCUUUUCAAAGCUUGAAGACUGCAGUCCUUUAGUCUUUUCUUUACUAAAAAGACUAAUCAAAUUUCCUCAUGCUAAGGACCAUGAGAGAUCUUUUCCACAUGUCCUCCUACUGUUAGGAGAGAAUCUUACCAUCAAAACUCCUCUCCAUGAGAGGUACUCUUCUCUUGGCUCCAAAGCCAAUGAAUAUUGUUGCUUUCCUUACCGCUUGUUAUCUUGUGUAAUGGUUCGUUUGGGACCGAAAGAUACAACGAGACUCAUUCCAAUGAGACCCGAGGUUUUGGAGCACUCAACGUCACGACAUACGGUGACUAUUUUCAAGUCUGAAAGAUUCAAAGAACGCAGUAAUUUCUUCAUAUGGUUACUCGCGGGUGGCACCUUUGAAACCAAUUUGGACAUCUUAUCAAACUUG